AUUUUGCAGCUGUGCCCGGCGCGUAGCGUUCGGUCCCCGCGGCUGGAGGACCGGCGGCUGCGCGGCUUCAAGCGGGGAUUCCUCCCGUGUCACCAGAGGUCGGAGAUAAGUACCUGCCGCCCGGCUCCUCUCGGGGAGGGGGGUGGUCCUCGAGCCUGCUGCGAGGGUGGGGACUUGCCCGGUAGCCUCUAGUUUGUCAGUCAAAACGUGAAAAAAAACCCCAAAACCCUGAGUGCUUUGUCCUGGGAAUAGUAACCCCACCGAAUACACCUGCUUGUAGGAGACAGAGGAUGUAAUGGAGCUGCUUGAAGAAGAUCUCACUUGCCCAAUUUGUUGCAGUCUGUUUGAUGAUCCUCGAGUUUUGCCUUGUUCACAUAACUUCUGCAAAAAAUGCUUAGAAGGUAUAUUAGAGGGGAAUGUGCGGAAUUCAUUGUGGAGACCAUCUCCAUUCAAGUGCCCCACAUGCCGUAAGGAAACUUCAGCUGCUGGAGUUAACAGCCUGCAGGUUAAUUACUCCCUGAAGGGUAUCGUGGAGAAGUAUAACAAGAUCAAGAUCUCUCCCAAAAUGCCAGUGUGCAAAGGACACUUGGGGCAGCCUCUCAACAUUUUCUGCCUGACUGACAUGCAGCUGAUCUGUGGGAUCUGUGCUACCUGUGGCGACCACACCAAGCACGUCUUCUGUUCUAUUGAAGAUGCCUACGCUCAGGAAAGGGAUGCCUUUGAGUCCCUCUUUCAGAGCUUUGAGACCUGGCGUCGAGGAGAUGCUCUUUCUCGCUUGGAUACCUUGGAAACCAGCAAGAGGAAAUCCCUACAGUUACUGACGAAAGAUUCAGAUAAAGUGAAGGAGUUCUUUGAGAAGUUACAACACACCCUGGAUCAAAAGAAGAAUGAAAUCCUCUCUGACUUUGAGACCAUGAAACUUGCAGUUAUGCAGGCAUAUGACCCAGAGAUCAACAAACUCAACACCAUCUUGCAGGAGCAACGAAUGGCCUUUAACAUUGCUGAGGCUUUCAAAGAUGUGUCAGAACCCAUCAUAUUUCUGCAACAGAUGCAGGAAUUCAGGGAGAAAAUCAAAGUAAUCAAGGAAACUCCUUUACCUCCCUCUAAUUUGCCCACAAGGCCUUUAAUGAAGAACUUUGAUACCAGUCAGUGGGAGGACAUAAAACUAGUAGAUGUGGAUAAACUUUCUUUGCCUCAAGACACUGGCACAUUCAUUAGCAAGAUUCCCUGGAGCUUUUACCAGUCAUUUUUGGUAGUCCUUCUGCUUGGCCUUGUCAUUUUCUUUGGUCCUACCAUAUUCCUAGAAUGGUCUUUAUUUGACGAAUUGGCAACUUGGAAAGACUACCUUUCAAACUUCGGUUCCUAUCUGACGAAGUCGGCCGAUUUUGUAGAACAAUCAGUUUUUUACUGGGAACAGGUGACAGAUGGGUUUUUCAUUUUCAGUGAAAGAUUCAGGAAUUUUACUUUGCUGGUGCUGAAUAAUGUGGCAGAAUUUGUGUGCAAAUAUAAACUAUUAUAAAAUCU